UUCGCUCCUGUUUUGUGUGUUGGGGGGAUGGGGCCGUACAGAGGAUGAGAGACUCCGAAUAUUUACCACUUCGCUAACUAAAUACCUUUAUUUCCGAGCUGGGCUUCUUCCCUCAGUUUUGUAAAUAUUAACACGUCUCGACCACGCAUGAGUUUAGGUGGAAUUUGGCGAAAAUAAAGUGGAGUAUCUGUACGUCCACGACUCACGCUCAGAAAGUCGACAAAAUGUAUUCCUCUGCUGGAGCUACUGAGAUGGUUGAGGGAGCCCGUUCCUCCGGGUCAUUAAGUUCUGAUCCCAACGAUUCAGACCCUCCAUCCUCCCCGGUGCCAGAAUAUGUGUUCAAGCCACCAUCGCGGCCAGACUUUGGCACCAUGGGCAGGACAAUCAAGCUCCAGGCAAACUUCUUCGAGAUGGAAAUUCCCAAACUGGAGGUCUACCAUUAUGACAUAGACAUCAAGCCUGAGAAAUGCCCGAGGAGGGUCAAUCGUGAAAUAGUGGAGCACAUGGUCCAGCACUUUAAAACACAGAUCUUUGGUGAUCGAAAGCCAGUGUAUGACGGGAGGAAGAAUCUCUACACUGCCAUGCCCUUACCCAUAGGCAGAGACAAAGUGGAGCUCGAGGUGACCAUUCCCGGUGAAGGCAAGGACCGCAGCUUCAAAGUAGCCAUCAAGUGGGUGUCCUGCGUAAGUCUGCAAGCUCUGCACGAGGCACUGUCAGGACGGCUGCCCAGCGUCCCCUUUGAGACCAUUCAAGCCUUGGAUGUGGUCAUGAGACAUUUGCCCUCUAUGAGGUAUACCCCAGUGGGUCGUUCUUUCUUCACUCCCUCUGAGGGAUGUUCGAACCCCCUCGGUGGUGGCCGAGAGGUGUGGUUUGGCUUCCACCAGUCUGUCAGGCCUUCCCUCUGGAAAAUGAUGCUCAACAUUGAUGUAUCCGCCACUGCAUUCUACAAAGCCCAGCCUGUAAUUGAGUUCAUGUGUGAGGUCUUGGAUUUCAAAAGCAUUGAAGAACAACAGAAGCCCUUAACAGACUCUCAGCGAGUGAAAUUCACAAAGGAAAUCAAAGGUCUGAAGGUGGAGAUCACUCACUGUGGGCAGAUGAAGAGGAAGUACAGAGUGUGCAAUGUGACCAGAAGACCAGCCAGCCACCAAACGUUCCCCUUGCAGCAGGAGAACGGCCAAACUAUUGAAUGCACAGUCGCACAGUACUUCAAAGACAAGUACAAGCUCAUCUUGCGAUACCCCCACCUCCCAUGUCUACAGGUGGGACAGGAGCAGAAGCACACCUACCUGCCUCUAGAGGUGUGUAACAUAGUGGCGGGACAGCGCUGCAUAAAAAAACUGACCGACAAUCAAACGUCCACUAUGAUCCGUGCCACAGCCCGAUCUGCACCAGACCGUCAAGACGAGAUUAGUAAACUGAUGAGAAGUGCCAACUUCAACACUGACCCUUACGUUCGUGAGUUUGGAGUAAUGGUGCGAGACGAGAUGACAGAAGUGAACGGCCGCGUCCUGCAGGCCCCUUCGAUUCUGUAUGGAGGCAGGAACAAAGCAAUAGCCACACCGAUCCAGGGAGUUUGGGACAUGAGGAACAAGCAGUUCCACACUGGCAUCGAGAUCAAAGUGUGGGCCAUCGCCUGCUUCGCGCCACAGAGACAAUGUACUGAACUCCUGCUCAAAGCGUUCACAGAUCAGCUGCGCAAGAUCUCCAGGGAUGCGGGUAUGCCCAUCCAGGGUCAGCCCUGCUUCUGUAAGUACGCCCAGGGGGCGGACAGCGUUGAGCCCAUGUUCAGGCACCUCAAGUACACCUACCAGGGCCUUCAGCUGGUGGUGGUCAUCCUGCCGGGGAAGACGCCCGUCUACGCUGAAGUGAAACGUGUCGGGGACACUGUACUCGGCAUGGCCACGCAGUGUGUGCAGGUGAAGAAUGUUCAAAAGACAACACCUCAGACUCUCUCCAACCUCUGUCUGAAGAUCAACGUCAAGCUGGGUGGCGUCAAUAACAUCCUCCUCCCACAGGGCAGGCCGUUGGUGUUCCAGCAGCCAGUGAUCUUCCUCGGGGCGGAUGUGACUCAUCCGCCUGCAGGAGACGGGAAAAAGCCUUCCAUCGCUGCUGUUGUUGGUAGUAUGGACGCCCAUCCUAGUCGAUACUGCGCCACAGUCCGGGUGCAGCAGCACCGUCAGGACAUCAUCCAGGACUUGGCAACCAUGGUGAGGGAGCUUCUCAUUCAGUUCUACAAGUCCACCCGCUUCAAGCCCACGAGGAUCAUCUACUACCGCGAUGGCAUCUCUGAAGGCCAAUUUAACCAGGUCCUUCAGCACGAACUGCUGGCAAUACGUGAGGCGUGCAUCAAACUAGAGAAGGACUACCAGCCCGGUAUAACCUUUGUUGUCGUGCAAAAGAGACACCACACCCGACUGUUCUGUAUGGACAGAAAUGAAAGGGUUGGCAAGAGUGGCAACAUCCCUGCAGGCACCACAGUGGAUACGAAAAUCACUCACCCAUCAGAGUUUGACUUCUACCUUUGCAGUCACGCUGGCAUUCAGGGCACGAGCAGGCCAUCUCACUACCACGUGCUCUGGGACGACAACCACUUCACUUCAGAUGAACUGCAGGUUCUCACCUACCAGCUUUGCCACACGUAUGUGCGCUGCACCCGGUCAGUUUCCAUCCCAGCCCCAGCCUACUACGCCCACUUGGUGGCUUUCCGGGCUCGCUAUCACUUAGUGGACAAAGAGCAUGACAGUGCCGAAGGAAGUCAUACCUCAGGCCAGAGCAACGGGCGUGACCACCAGGCCUUGGCCAAGGCGGUUCAGAUCCAUCAGGACACGCUGCGCACCAUGUACUUUGCCUGAGAGCACACAACCCCAGGUUGGCGUGGGUGAGACUGAUGGAAUACACUAACCUCCCUUGCUGUCUCGCUGUCGGCUGUAGAUAGCAUCACAGUGGUUUUACAUCGUGAUCUCCCUGCUGAACAAACCUGUCAGUUACCCCCAUAUGUCUACAAUUGUGCUUCAGCCCCAUAACCCACCCAAACCAAGCCAGCUAUUAGACUAAGAUGCAACAGAAUCCCUCUUUGAUGGGGAUCCAGUUAGGAGAGGAUCUAUUUACAUGUCGUGACAUGUUGUGCGUUUGUGUUUAUUUUUAUUUGUUGUCGGGAAGUCUGAAAGGAGGAGGACAAGUUUGUACACUGACAGGUGGAAUCUACCAUUUCUAAACUAGUGGACAGUAACAUUUUACAUUGAGGUGGUUUAUAAUUUAGAAUAAGCUGCUCACCCUCCUUCUCUGUUUUUUAUUGUUUGUCAUGGUCUUGGUGCUCGAAGGGAGAAGGAGACUUCAAAAGACAAGGGGGCCUGUUUAUAUGCCUGAUGUGUCGCUCCUCUGACAAACAUUAUUUAUCAGCCAAUCAAAGCAAAGUGCACUGACCAGAAUGGGUACUUAACCAGGACAAAAGUACUUAAUAUAUUGAGGGUUGUGGUUGAAUUGUUCACAUAGGGCACUAUGUGAUGAAAAGUGCCAUUCGAGACCACCUUUCUAUCAUCAUUUCUAUGUAAAACUAUGAAUUAUUUGGCCCACGUGCGCUGGGAAUUUCAGUAUUUGUCCUUGAUUGACAUCGGUGGCCCUUUUCAUGCCAAAAUUUGGUGAAACUUACUCAAGGAUUCAGAUUUGUUAUCAACUCACGAACCAACAGUUUAUUCCAGAUGGGGGCAAUUUUAGUGUCCAGAUCGAAAGAGCAGCAAUUCUCCUCUGCCUCACUUGUUAGUCUGAACUGAUAAAGUUGCACCAGUAACCUGAUUCCCCAUGUGAGACGUAGUGUAUUGGGACUGGUUCCCAACAAGGACUCUCCUUUCUAAUGUACUCUGAGCCGUGUUGAUAAAAGAACACAUGAUAUAGAAAUCAACAUAGAAGGGAACCUCGAUGAAAUCAGUUAUCCUCCCUUCUGUUUUUAUAGUCUAUUUUAAUUUCAAUCAUUUUCUUUCUGUAAUGAAUAUGCAUGUAGCUGACUCAUGUUUUAGACAUUUAGUCAUUUUUGAUAACAAUUAAUUUCUCCUACUAUACACAUUAACCCCUUCAGCAGAAUAGCGUUUUCUGCAGUGUCUUUGUCGGCGCAAUGUUUGUGUGGCGUAUCGAUAUCCAGGCAUACGGUACAGUGGAGGUCAAAGGUGAAACGUUUUAGAGUUUAACUGAUUUGACAUUUCCUUUAAAAGAAAAGAAAAGAAAACUCUUGAAUUAUGGCGUUUGCUCCAGGAAAUGGCAGCAGUCGUCGCACAAAAGCUUGGGUUUUAUGCAAAUUAUUUUUUUUGUGAGCCUUUAUACUAUAUAUAGUAAUGUUCGUAAUAAGGUAUAUUUUGAAUAAGCUUUCAGAGGAGGUUGCUGAAAAUAUUAAAAAGAAUCUUUCUUUUUUUUUUCUUUCUUUAAAUGACUGGCCCACAUGUAGUCUAAAUUAACACUGUCUAUUUGUAUACAGAUUUUAAAUGCAAAUAUCCUCUUGCCUUCUGAGACUUUAACCAUCUUACUAAUAAUUCUAGACCUUUCCUAACAUCCCACCAGAGUUUUACUACUAAGUUAAGCGGGCGAAUGUUCACGCAGUCUUGAUCGGAGGCAAGUAGUCUAUAUCGUCUAACUAUGCAUCGUUUUUAACCAAUAGAUUUAACAGUGGCGUGUCUCGCACGAAUUUAGGUCAUUUCUAGAGGUAGAUAAUCAGGGCCUUUUUUUUUUGUUUAUAUUGUUUUUUUUAGCAUGUUGCAUUUAGUAGCGUUUCUUAGUGCUUAUCAGCAUCUUCAUGUCUUUCUAAUGGGAUGAAGUAUUUAUGUGGUUAUUUGUAACAUUGUAGAUUUUAUAACCUUUCAAAAAAAAAAAAGUUGUGUGUAUCCUUUGUAACACACAAUCUUUCUUAGCCAAACAAGAUUACAACCUUUUACAUGAGAAAUAAUCAAAAGACACAGAAGCACAAACGGACAUCUUGAUUCUAGGUGCUAGAUGUUUUCACUGUAAACCACCUUAAAUCCUCACUGGAUUGGUCCACAAAGCUUUUUACUCGUACGCUAGGAGACACCGCAUCAUGUCGGGCGUCUUUUCUCUCCCCCGGACGACCUCUCUGUGUUCCCCUUCUGAACUCAUUACCUGUAAAGCAACUAGAAAGCCGACUGACUGUGUUUGUGGGGCAUUCUGAGAAAUCAUGUACUUGAUAUUUACUGUUAUGAUGUCAAUAUUGUUCUUACCGGUGCUGGUCUCACAACAUGUAAAUUUGGAUGCACUUUUAAUAGCAGAUCGUCGGGUAUGAAUUCUUUUAGAUGUGUGUUCCUCAAUCGAAGCAGGAGGCUCGGCCAUAUUGCGUGACACUGGCGUAAUUGUAUGGAAAUGGCCGUGUGUUCUACCUCUUGUUACCUGUUUUAAGUGUUAUGGUAACAUCACACCGCUGGCCAUUUCUGUAUAAUUACCCCUGCUAUCUAUCUAAUUGGCAUUGUUUGAGUCAUGCAUUGACAGUAGAGGUUUUAAACGCUUGGGUGUGCCUGAUGGCGAACGUGCUUUUCUCCGAUUUGUUGAUUCUCCAUAGUUUUACUCAAACUGAUGAGAGAGAAUGUGUUUUUUUUCUUCUCCUUUUAGUGGUUUUGAGCGUCAAGCUGUACGACCAAAUUCUUGAAGUGUCUGUUUUCACACAAACAGAUUCUCCCUGCUUUCGUUCCUUACAUUCUAUGCACCAAUGAAAUGACAGACUUUUGCCCGACACCUUGAUUUUUUUGUUUUUUUCCCCCCACCCGAGCAGUGCAUAGUUCUCCUCAUGUGUGAUCUUUGUAUAUUAUUGAUCUGGACAAAUUGUUAUGGUACCCAAGUGGUGCAGUUAGUCAGACUGUUAAUUGAAGUUGCUCAAGAGCCUGAGAAAUAAGUCUUCAAAUCCACGUGAAUAGAUGUUUGUAAGGCACAGCAAGGUAAAUCUGAUCAGGUCAAAUUCACCACAGAGCAUUUAUCAAUUCUGUAUAUAAUCAUUAAUUUUAGUACAAUUGAGACUGGAUGAAAACAAAAUAAUAUUGCUUGGCAGGUAAAGCCUGUCACUGGCUCUGAGAAGAUGCCUGUCAUGUUAUUUGAAAAGUGGAAGGUAAAGUGACAUUUUGACCACAACAGAGAACGGGUAUCCCCAAAAAGUAAUUUGCUAAUUCCAAACCUCAUCGUGUCAUUGAGAUGUGUUUACUUGUUGUCACUGCUUAUUUGUGUUUUACAUUACCUAUACCAGCACCUUAAAAUACCAGAGGAGAAUGGCAUUGCUUUUAAAUAAAACUCAAAUCUAUUUGACAAUGUUAUUUUUUUGCACUAAACAACAAUGGACUUUGUAGCUGUUGCAGUGUUGAGAGUAUUAUCAGGUGGCAGAAUGUCAGACUUUUUUCUUUUCAGUUUUUUUUUUGUCCAGAAAGGAGCAGUUGGCAUUGUUGGCUUUUCAAAAUAAAAGACACAUAGCCAACAGGCCUGAGAGCUUCAAUAUGUGCACUCGCCGAGCCAACCCGCGGUCAGUGUGUCGUCUUUCAAAACGAUCCCGAUGCCUUUAAAUGUUAAUGAAAGAGUGAGACUUGUAGUUGCAUGGGUGGGUUUGCCUUUGCCUAGAGAUGUGGCAUAAAGGUGCUCUAUACAAAACAAUCUCGACAGGGGGAGUUGAAAGUAGCCGGUUGUGGAAAACGUUUUUUGCGACCGCACUGUUUGUCGGAGACGUGAUGCCAAAGUGCUGUGUGAGGGGAAGUGCUGGAGGGUUUUUACGAUGUCACAGUCCCUGUUGAAGACUGCAGUGUGCAUAGAAAAAUAAUACUGACACAAGCCUCGCUGUGACUAUACAGACUAUACAUAUCGAAAUUCAGAAGAGGCUUUGUCCUUGGUUGUUUUUUGUUGUUGUUUCUUUUUACAUAAGUCUGUCUGAUCACAAUUAGCUUAAUGGAGAACGUGUAUAAAGAAACAGAUACACCAGCCUGGGUGAAUGUGGCACUAUAAGUAAAAACAGUGCACAAGGUGCUUUGUGAGGCUUUCAAAAUACCUGCGGCAGGAACCUCGAUGUUAUUACAGGAUCGUUGUUAUCAGACAUGUCAAAUGCACACAUCGACCUCACUUUGGCUGUUUUUUCCGUUACCUUUUGGAGUGUAGAAAAGACCCAGGCAUAUCAUAAGAUAGUUGUAUUUUUCAUGAUCGCUUAAUUUAGGGCAGUGCAACGAACAGCCUGUUUAUUUUAUGGUUUUAGAAUGGAAAAAAAAAAGCACCCCAGCAAAACCUGAUAUCAAAUUAAGCAACGAUCUACACAUGAGUUUAACCUUAACCAUUACUAAUGUCUGUUAGAGAUAUUAAUGCCGACGUAAAGAAACCUGUAGUAGAGUCAGACCUAUUUCCCAUCUCCAAAAUAAUAACAAUGAAUGUACUUAGAGCCUGUGUGGUUUGUAAUAUUGUAUAGGCUAUCCAUCUAGUAAGUGUAUACUCAUGUUUGCUUCUUGUGUAUGGCCAUUUUAUGUUGUGUGCGUUUUUCUCCCCCUCUUUAUUUAUAGGCUUUAACAAUUGCAGAAAGGAUUUAGUUUUCUUCCUAGAUAUUUCAUUGAUUUUAGAUAUCGCCCCACGUCACAUCUAAUAACGUGUGAGACGAGCACGUCUGCAGUAUGUCUUUGUCUUUGGAUGUUGCCUACUGUAGUUGUCUAGGAGACAAAGAUUUUCCCACCUGGUGCAAAAGGAGUCAUAUUUAUUGUUCUGGUGUCAGGCUUGAGAUGUGCUGUAUCAUAAGAGCGGUGUGCGUAUAUACAAUGGUUGCUUUGGUGUGUGAUCUUGUUGGCUGUAAGAUUUUUUUUUAUUCUUCUACGUAUUCUGUCUGAGCAGAGUUAUCAUGUCAAAUCCUAAAAUCCCCCCCAUGAGUGCGACUCAAUAACUCAUUAGCGCAGCGCCACUUGAAAGCAAAGAGGCUAUGGGUUGUGGUUUUUUUGUAUGCGUGUUGCUUGUGUUCCGUACUUUUGUUGAUUGUACACUCAACCUUCUUUUUUUUCUGCCAGAUUUAUGACGGCUUUACAUCGCACUCUGUUGGCUUACUUUUCUGUUUCUUUUCCUAGAUCAGCCUUUUAAAAGCAUCACUAUGUCCUUGAGUCUUUAUCACACCAAUGUCCACCCCAAUCCACAAGGUUUGCCUGUAUUGUUGCUGCAGCUACAAGUCUGAAUAUAUAUCGGGAGUACAAAGUCAACCGGGGUUUCUGGCAACCGCCUCUCAUGUCCACCACAUGUGGCUUCUUUGUGUCCCUGGACACAUUUGAGCUCAUCUUGGCGUAUUUAGUGAAAUAUAAAAUUAUAUCUGGUUGAUUUGGGUGACCCGCCUAACUCAAAUUUGAAUUUGUCCAAAUAUUUUCGGUCCAUGAUCAAAUGCCUGCAAAACUCCUACGUCGUGUCCAGCGCUGAUUAUCAAAUAUUAGCAUGCUAACACACUAAGAAGGUGCACGUGGUAAAAUGCGACCCACCUAACAUGGGCACGUUCGCUUUGUUUUGGGUUCUGCUCGGGGGGCCGUGGUGAAUCUGACCUUGACUGAGAACUGUUACCGAGCUUCACCAAGCCAAACCAAUGCCAUCCAGUUGGUAAACAUCAGUACAUUCACAGCCAAUCGUGCACGACUUGUGGCUAUUUUUUUUAUUAAUUUUUUUUAUUUCUAUCAAAGCAUUUUUCUAGUCUUCAGAAUGACUUGGCUUUUUAUUUACCAACUUGGAAAAACUACCUCAGAGCAGUGUCAGGUGCUAGCUAAUAUUAUCCCUAAUUUAUAAUAAUGGUAACAAAAAUCCAAAAUUGUAGUGACCAAACCAAUACAAGCCAAUAUCUCGUGAGAGCACUGUUCUUUUUUUGAACCUUAAUAAAUGGAAAACCAAGUAAUCAUGUAUGACUGGUUGGUUCGCUAGAUACAUUUUAAGGGGACCAAAUUUUUUUUGUUUUUGUUUUAUUGGGAGUCUCAUUGUUUCAUGCAAGUCCUUCAUUUUACAACAGGCCGUGACAAAAAUAAUAACCAAGCACAAUGGCGGACUCAUAUGUGUCGUGAAAUAAACUGUAGUAAUUACUGGAUCGUAUGGUGACAAAAUGACUUCUACGCUAUGACAAUGUGUUGAUAUUCCAGAUACAUUAUGGUGAUAUUGAGGAAUGUUUGUAGGCUGUGAAGGCUUUCUGGAAAGAUGUAUGUACAGCAAUAAUGUCAAGAGUGUGAGCUGCGCGUUGUUGGUAAUCAUUUGUUCAUCUUUUACACCAAUUUGUCGUCUUUACGCAGGUUGAGGCAACAUUUUAGACUUUUUGUUCGCAGGACAGUUCUUAGCAAAUGGGUAAAUAAACAGAUGAAUCCAGCGUCUCUGUUGUCGUCUGACCAGAAUGUUGAAAUAUUAAGGUUCUAUAACGGAUAGAUCCGCUCCACGUGAUCAAACGCCUACAUUUCUCUGCCGUGUUAACCCAGAACUGCAAUAAAAUCAGGGCGGAUGUCCUUGGCUCUAAUUCAGUUAAUUCUGCUUCUCCUAUAAUUACCCAGACUCUACAGCAUUUCUGUUUUUUGAUUUUUUUUUUUUAGGGUUUCAGAUCUAGUUUUGCAUGCGACGAUUUACAAAGGGAAUAUACACAUUUUAACAGACUUUACAAUGUGUCAAAUCAUUGUAAACUUCAAUGAAGAGGUACAUAUGAGGUUGUGUGGCAAUUAACGUCAGAUUGUUGUCAUUUUGGAGUAAACUGAAAACAUCCGGCGUGUCGAUAGUCGAUUGUAUGUGUGCCUUUUGUGGGAUCUCUCUCUUCUCCAUCAGGUUUCUGAGUCCUUUCUACAUAAAGGUUUGACAAAAUCUGCUGUGCCACAUUCAAACAAAAUCAAAUUUUGAUGAUCAUGCAACCUUGCCUGUAGAUGCUGCAUAGAACGAUCAGUAUUUGUGUUUUGCACUUUCAAAGCAGUCUAAAAAAAAAAUUUGUCCACGUGAGGUUGGGCAGAAAGUUAAAAGAAGAAAGAAACAGACGAGGUAUUUUAUGCUAUCAAUAGGAAUUAUAAGGAAUAAUAUGACUUUGAAGAGCUUUUCUAAAAAGGUUGAUAUAUCUAUAUAUAUUCAUAAAGUACCUCAUAAGCCUGAUAUAUGCUGCAUUGACUUUUUUUCUUUAGUGUACUUCAUAUAUAUAUUUUUUUUUCAAAUAACAUUU